CUCUGUUCUGCUGCCUCUGCGCUCCUGACCCUUUGACCGCGCUGUCCCCGCGCGCUAUGGCUGCUGUCAGGGCCUUGGUGGUACCGAGGCUGGCGGCAGCCUCCGCGCUCGCGCCGCUCCCCGGGCGCCUGCGGCCCCUCCACCAGCGGGCGUCCACCCCGCGCGCGGCCCUGCACGGCUCCGCGUCGCGGCCCGGGGCCCGUGUGGCGCUGGUGCUGUCCGGCUGUGGCGUCUAUGACGGGACCGAAAUCCACGAGGCCUCGGCGAUCCUGGUGCACCUGAGCCGUGGAGGAGCUGAGGUCCAGAUCUUUGCCCCCGACAUCCCUCAGAUGCACGUGAUUGACCACACCCAAGGGCAGCCUUCUGAGAAGGAGAGCAGGAACGUUCUGACUGAGUCUGCAAGGAUCGCCAGAGGCAAGAUCAGUAGCCUGGCCCAGCUCAGCGCAGCAAAUCAUGACGCAGCCAUUUUCCCCGGGGGUUUCGGGGCAGCCAAAAACCUGAGCACCUUCGCCGUGGACGGGAAGGACUGUAGAGUGAAUGAGGACGUGGCUCGGGUCCUGAAGGAGUUCCACGGGGCUGGGAAGCCCAUCGGCUUGUGCUGCAUUGCACCUGUCCUUGCAGCCAAGGUGCUCAGAGGUGUUGAGGUCACCGUGGGCCAUGAGCAGGAAGAAGGCGGCAAGUGGCCUUAUGCCGGGACUGCAGAGGCCAUCAAGGCCCUGGGUGCCAAGCACUGUGUGAAAGGUGUGACUGAAGCUCACGUGGACCAGAAGAACAAAGUGGUCACCACCCCGGCCUUCAUGUGCGACACUGCGCUGCACCACAUCCACGAUGGGAUUGGGGUCAUGGUGAGGAGCGUGCUGGAGCUCACGGGCAAGUGAUGGUAGAAGAGAUGCCCUCUGUGUGCUGCUGGGCAUGCAGCAGCAGCAUGGUCAGUUCAGACCCUGGGCACCUUCCUGGAGGAGACAUGGGCAGUGGCCGCAGGAGCUACGGAGACUUCCCUCAUGGAUGUGACCUGGAAACUGAGUCUGGAGCCAGGCAGGGGAUUAAGUAGAGAAGUAACUGUCCUCACUCUCAAGGUUCAGAGUUUGGGCGCAGAGACGCUUUAAGGACAAGCAGGAAACGAGUCCCAUGUCCAUAGAUAAAGGAAAGUUCUGUAUCUGCAGUAAACAUUUUUAAUUAAAACAAGGGGAUUUCUGGAGCCAGCAGCCCCACGCGCUGGAGAAUGAACUCCUUUCCAGAUUGGAAACUCCUGACAUCUCCAUCUAAGGCCUCUGAAACUGGGGAGUGGGUUAUAAAUAAGAGCCCUUCAAUUAA